UCCUUAUAAAUUAGCGUCGUCUUGGAGCUACUGUCACAUAGUAGUGUUGUGAUCUUUAGAGAGAGAAAGUAGAAAGGAGAGGGAGAGGGAGAGGGAGAGGGGCACAGAGUGAGUGCUUCGAUCAAAUUUCGUUUUUUUUUUUUUUCUCUCAGCCUUUGUUCUUCAAUCUUACACUCUCUCUUCCUAUAUUUUCCCUCACUUUCUCUUCGAUUCCUCCGAGCAAGACAAAGGUUUGGGAGGCAAGGAGGGCCAUUUUGGUAAUGUCUCUCAGUAAAGAGCUUAUCUUAUUGAUCUUACAGUUCUGUCAUGAGGAAGACCUCAAAAAGACAGCUCACAUGCUUGAGCAUGAAACCGGUGUUUUCUUUGAUAUGGAAUAUUUUGAGGACAUGGUGCUGUUUGGCAACUGGGAUGAAGCUGAGAAAUAUCUUUCGGGGUUCACUAGACUUGAAGAUGAUAAGUAUUCUAGGAAGAUCUAUUUCGAAAUUAGGAAGCAAAAGUUCCUUGAGGCACUUGAUGAGCAUGAUCGUGCAAGGGCCCUAGAUAUCCUUGUGAAAGAAUUGAAAGUUUUUGCCAUAUCAAAUGAAGAGCUGUACAAGGAAAUGACCCAGCUCCUUACUUUUGAUGAUUUCAGAAAACAUGGCUCGCUCUCCAUGUAUGGAGAUGUAUUAUCUGCUAGAAAAUGCAUGAUGAAUGAUAUCAAAAAUAUUAUUGACGCGGAUCCCCUUUUCCAAGACAAACUGAAAUUUCCUCACAUCAACAAAUCAAGAUUAAGGCGUCUCAUUAACCAAAGCUUAAAUUGGCAGCACAUUCUUUGCUCAUAUCCUCAGCCUGAUCCUGAUAUACAGACCCUCUUCAUGGAUCAUCAAUGCCCACUACCUGAUCAUUUUUCUAGUCAAUCAGUUGAGAAUGAUCUGCUUCCUUCGCAAGACACGGCGGCAUCACCAUCACGUUCCUCUUGCAAGGGGACUUCUUCUGUGACUCAAUCUGCAAUUCCUGAUGGGCCUCUCAGUCUUGGUGCUCCAACCAACUCAGGGAGUGGUUUCAAUUCUGGUGCUGAGGUUUCUGUUUGUUCAUCUGAAACAAAGUCCUUUAGGACUUCCGAUGAGUGGGUAUCAGCCAGAAUUGUCCCUGGUCAACCUCACAGUCCAGUAUUUAACAACCAUGAUGAUUUACCCAAGACGGUUCAACGAGUUUUGACUGAAGCCUCUUCUCCAACAAGCAUCGAUUUUCACCCUGUUCAACAGAAUCUUCUUUUAGUUGGAACCAAUGACGGGGACAUAGGAUUAUGGGAAGUUUCUUCUGGGGAGAAAUUACUUUCAAGAAAAUUUCAUGUUUGGAAGAUUAGAAAUAUUUCAAAGACAUUCGUGGUUGCUCUGCUCAAAGAUCCACAUGUCUCUGUUAAUCAUAUAUCGUGGAGUCUUGAUGGUUUAUUAUUCGGGGUCGCAUAUUCAAAACACAUAGUGCACUUGUAUUCUUAUCAUGGUGACAGUAAAAUUCAGAAACGCUUGGAGAUUGAUGCCCAUGUUGGUGGUGUAAAUGAUCUUGCAUUCUCUGAACCAAAUAAGGUGCUUUUUCUCAUAACCUGUGGUAAUGACAAGUUAAUUCAGGUCUGGGAUGUGAACACUGGUGCCAAACAAUUUACUUUUGAAGGUCACGGGGACCCUGUCUAUUCUGUUUGUGCUCAUGUAAAAGAGAGAAUUCAUUUUAUAUUCUCAACAUCAGCGAAUGGUGAGAUGAAAGCAUGGCUAUAUGACAAUAUGGGACCAAGGGUAGCCUUUGAUGCUCCUGGUCACUGUUGCACAAGAAUGGCAUAUAGUACCGAUGGUAAAAGGCUUUUUUCUUGUGGAACCACAAAGGAUGGAGAAUCAUUCAUUCUUGAAUGGAAUGAAACUGAAGGUUAUGUGAAGAGGAGCUACCAGGGACUUGGUAAAUGUUCCUCUGGUGUUGUGCACUUUGAUACAAGCAAGAACCGGUUUUUGGUUGCGGGUGAUGACCAUUUAAUUAAAGUUUGGGAUAUAGACCACGCUGAACUUGUAACAGUUAUUGAUGCAGAUGGAGACCUACCUGCAAGACCACAUGUUCGCUUCAACAAGAGUGGCAGAUUAAUGGCUGUUACUGCAAAUCAUAAUAAUAUCAAAAUAUUGGCGAACCCAUUUGGCCAUGAGUUGUUGCAAAGUUCUGAAAAUGGUUCCAUUGAUGCCUCUACAGUUCUCUCGGAAACUUUAGAAAGGCUUGUGAUCAAUCCAAUUUCAACUGCUUCUAGUUCUAGCGCUACAGAAGGUGGUGUCUCUGGCAUGGGUAGUCCCGGGAAGAAUGGAGAUGCGGGUAACUCAAAGGACAUAAAACCUGAAUUACCUGCAGAAUCCAAUGAAAUAUUAGAGGUUUCGAAAUCAGAAAUUAAUGAACCUUCUCAGUGUCAAUCGUUGAGGCUCCCUUCUGAAGUGAAAAUUGAGAAGAUAUCAAGGUUGAUCUACACCAAUGCAGGUAACUCCAUAGUCGCAUUAGCUUCAAAUGGCAUUCAUCUGCUCUGGAAAUGGUCAAGGAACGAAACUAAUUUGAGUGGGAAGGCAACCACAAAGUUUCCCCCUCAAUUAUGGCAACCAAAGAGUGGAUUGCUGAUGACCAACGACCUUACUGGUGUUACCUUUGAAGAAUUUUUACCUUGUUUUGCUUUGUCCAAGAAUGACUCUUAUGUUGUGUCAGCAUCAAAGGGGAUGAUUUCUUUGUUCAACAUGAUGACAUUUAAGAAAAUCACAGCUUUCAUGCCUCCACCACCAGCGGCAACAUGUAUUGCCUUUUACCCCCAAGAUAACAAUAUAAUUGCAAUUGGCUUGGAUGAUUCUACAGUCCUGAUUUAUCAUGUCCGUUCUGAUGAGGUUAUAGACAAGCUUAAUGGUCAUUCUAAAAGAGUAACUGGCCUUGCCUUCUCUAGUACACUGAAUGUGUUAGUGUCCUCCGGAGCAGAUGCUCAGAUUGUUGUGUGGAAUACCAAUGGGUGGGAAAAGAAGAAAAGCAAAAUGUUGCGGAUUCCUGUUAGGGAGUUCCCAUCAGCACCAUCGAACACCUAUGUCCAAUUCCACCAGGAUCAGAAACACUUCCUUUCUAUACAUGAGACUCGCUUAGCCAUAUAUGAAACAACAGAAUUAGAAUGUGUGAAGCAGUGCGUCAUUGGAGAAUUUUAUGCACGGAUCUCCCAUGCAACAUUCUCAUGUGAUAGCCAGUUAGUGUAUGCUAGCUUUGUGGAUGGAACUGUGUUAAUAUACGAUGCCUCAGAUUUCCAUAUACGAUGUGAGGUCAAUCCCGCUGCUUACCUUCCAUCUGACAUCAGUUCGAAGGUAUAUCCGGUCACAAUUGCUGCCCACCCACAAGAGCCAAACCAGUUUGCAUUGGGUUUAACUAAUGGCAGUGUCGUGGUCAUUGAGCCUCUGGAAUCUACAGGAAAAUGGGUUGCAGUGUCGUCCGUCAGUCAAUUAACAUAUCGUUUUUAGAGGAUGCUUAAUUGAGGCUUGAGUCAGGUGUAAAUGAGUUAUGCGAGUGGAAAUAGAGUGGCAUAUGUAGACACCUAAAAAUAAGGGUUGUAAGUCCUCGUGGAAUGCAUACUGUGUGGCUCUUUUUAAUUUUAAGUACUAUAGUUGAAUAAUGGUUUUUUUUUUUUUUUUUGUUAGAAUCCUUUCCCUUGCUUAUUUGUCAUGGAUGGGACUAUAUAGUAUCAUGACUGGAUGCUUUCCUCGAGUCCGAUUUUAUUCACACACACAAUAUACAUAUUUUAAAUAGUUGA